AUGGUCUGUUGCCCUCCUGAUGUUCCCGAAUCAUACAAGAAACGAAUCUACCAAGUGUUCCAAUCCUCGUCUGGCGCUAUAGAUAUACUUUUUUCAACUGGCCGAACGUCAUGGCCCUCGGGCCACUACAGAAAAUGCUCCUCGGACCUUUCCGAAAAUGCUCUCCGCGGCGUAAUCUCCACGGUGAUUUCGCAGAUCACCGACUUUCGCAUCGAAAAUAAUGCAAUAGACAACGAUUGUAAUUAUUUUUAUUACCAGUUUGACACCAGGCCAAACCAUGAUGGUGAUAACGGUAACGACAUGCGCGGGCUAGAUUGGGGCGACAGUGGUGUUCAUAUUUAUAUAUGUAAAGAUACAGAAACAGCAGAGCUCAUAUUUAAAGAGUGGCUAGGAGUCUUGUACCCCGGAUGGACACCCUUCCCGGUUGAUGUUAAGGAAUGUGGCGUUGGGCAGUACGCGCUAGAACAAGACUACGGGCUAGUAUACUGGGUUCGGGAUAACAUAUUCGUUAAGUUGGACAUUGACGAUGGGGAUAUACCUCGUGAUACGGUGUAUCGACUCGCUAGGGCGAUAGAUGCUCAUUUAAAAGCUGGUUCCGUAAUGGUUGGGAGCGAUAGUUAG